AUGGUUGGUGUUGAUUUCAACAGGGCUACUUUGCAUGAUGAUGAUGAUGUUGUUGAUGAUGAUGGGGAGGAUGCAGAAGAGGAGGAAGUGGACAAAGUGGUGGAGGAGAACGAGGAGGUGGAAAGGUGUGCUGUGGGGAAACAGGCCUCACAACUCAGCCACCUACUCUUCAAGUCCGUGCCAGACCAGAAGAGGGCCCGGGCUACUUUGCAUGAUGAUGAUGAUGUUGUUGAUGAUGAUGGGGAGGAUGCAGAAGAGGAGGAAGUGGACAAAGUGGUGGAGGAGAACGAGGAGGUGGAAAGGUGUGCUGUGGGGAAACAGGCCUCACAACUCAGCCACCUACUCUUCAAGUCCGUGCCAGACCAGAAGAGGGCCCGGUACGUCGCCACAACAUCACAACCCCCUCCUUUCAAUUCAACUGCUCAGGACUUGAUUCACAGACUCCAGUCUCGCUUUAAACUCCGUAUUUCUGUGGUCGGUACUAUAUUCUAA